GGCCCAUACUCAAUCAUACAUAGGUUAUGGAUUGGGGCGGAUCGAGAACCCACUUUUACCAAAAAGCAGUCCAUCUUCUGAAACAAAACUGAGACAAGCCGAAGUGAUGGAAAAAGCUCCACCCUUUCAGCUGCUUCCCGCUUCAAUUCAAGCUCACGAUCACACCUUUGGUUCGACUUCAAUCCGUACUCGUCUCAGCCUUUGAAGUCGAUUCGAUCUCGGCUCGAAAAGGAAGGACGGCCUGCGGCGGAUCCAUGGAUUCUUUCGACGCCGAAAGCUCCACCAAGGCCUCUGCUAAACACGGUAGAAUGCUCGAUGAAUGCAUUGUAACAGGUGGGGCGGACCGCGAUUUGGGCGGAUACCAGAAAGGGAAGUCUCUGCAAGUUGGUGUCAGUGAAGGCCGGCCUUUUGAUUUUUGGCGAAUAGUGUGCGAGGGCGUUGUUGCUGGAGGUACGGCUGGUGUUGUUGUUGAAGCAGCACUUUACCCAAUUGACACCAUUAAAACUAGACUUCAGGCAGCUCAUGGUGGUGGAAAAAUCGUAUUGAAGGGCCUGUACUCUGGCCUGGCUGGUAAUCUUGCUGGCGUUUUACCGGCAUCUGCAAUAUUUGUUGGUGUCUAUGAACCAACAAAACAGAAAUUGCUAAGGGCCUUUCCAGAAAACUUAAGCGCGCUUGCUCACUUGACUGCAGGUGCUCUUGGAGGGCUUGCUUCUUCUCUUGUUCGUGUACCCACUGAGGUGGUUAAACAAAGAAUGCAAACUCGGGAAUUUGCCUCUGCCCCUAGCGCUGUCCGUCUCAUUAUUGCCAGAGAGGGUUUUAAGGGCCUUUAUGCAGGAUAUGGGUCCUUUUUAUUGCGAGAUUUGCCAUUUGAUGCCGUUCAGUUUUGCAUUUAUGAGCAGCUUCGGAUAGGCUACAGGCUUGUGGCCAGGAGAGAAUUGAAAGAUCAUGAAAAUGCUAUGAUUGGUGCUUUUGCUGGUGCAAUUACUGGAGCCAUUACAACUCCUCUUGAUGUGAUAAAGACUAGAUUAAUGGUUCAGGGAGCAACAAAACAGUACAGAGGUAUUUCCCACUGUGUCAAGAACAUUGUCCAAGAAGAAGGACCUGCUACUCUUAUGAAGGGAAUGGGACCAAGGGUACUCUGGAUCGGUAUUGGAGGUUCGAUAUUUUUCGGUAUACUAGAAAGAACAAAAAAGAUACUAGCUGAUAGGCACUCUGAGUCUCAAUAGUCAUCUUUCUUUGUUUUUCAUGAUCCUUGCAAAGCGAGACUAAUUUUGGAAGUUUAGGCCAUCUAUUUUUCAAACAUGUAUUUUAUGUAUGACCAGUCAUAUUGUCAAUAUGCCUGAUCGUGUCGAGGGAAGGUGACGGCCAUUUCCUUUUUGAGCUGGGCCAUAUCGAUAAGCAUUU